CGGUCCCUCUUCCCUCGGUCCCUCCUGUCUCCUGGCCAGUUCGUCUUCCUCUAGUGGCUCCCUCAGAAGUUCUAAUGGCGGAUUCGUCGGCGUCGCGCCGGAUGCAGGUCAAUUCUUGCAGAGUUACCCAGGUCAGCUAAAACUCAUAAAUACUCAACUUCUUAGAAUUCUCCAGCAAAGUCUUGGUCUGGCAUUGCUGGUAUUUGAUUAUGCUCAGAGUUUAAACCAGCUGUCUUCCUUAAAAAUCAGCACUAAACAUGUGGAUGGUUCAGGGACUCCUGACCCUGAAACUGUGACUCCUGUAGUGCCCCGGCACCAAAAAUCAUAUACAGAGGUCUGAAGUUUUCCAGACUUAACACUUGACUGGUCAAGGAAAUGACAUAAAGGGGAGAGCGGCCAGAUGGUAUCCAGGAUAUUAUUAUGACUUUAUGAGCCGAUCUCGGAACUCCGUAUGGCACCCAAGCCCAAGCCAUUGGAGAAGCAAGCCCAACACAGUUCUGGCUGGGUCUGAGAGAUCACCCAAGCGAAUCAACGUCCAGAGUUCAAACCGAUGGCUUGAAUUUGUCAGUAAAAUGAUACAAAGGGGACACCGGCCAGAUAAUAUCCAGGUAUUCUCAAUUUCUAUUUGUCUCCUAGUAUUAUUACUGCAACAAGAGGACUUUGUGACCCUAUUGUCUUGUGAUAUAGUCCCUCCAGUCCUAAAUAUAAGCCUUUUUAGAGAUUUCUAUAUGGACUACAUACGGAUGUAUAUAGACAUAUUUUAGAGUGUAGAUUCACUCAUUUUGCUCCGUAUGUAGUUCAUAUUAGAAUCUCUAAAAAGACUUAUAUUUAGGAAUGGAGGGAGUAGGAUAUUAGUGAUGAGCCCCCAAACCCAGAUCAACCACGUCAGCAUUCACAGCAAAGCUGCCUGUAAUUAAUAGGGAACUUAAUUAGUUAGGCACGGGAGUUAGCGCCUCUUGUCGCAUCCUUUGGGUCUCUCUUUUGUUGCCAAGAGUUGUUAGCAGCUCAAAGUUGACAUUUAUGUAUAUAUAUUUCAAGUUGGCCAUCCACUUACGACUUUAUGUGGAAAGUUAUAUUUUGCUGGUACAUGGUUGCAUGCAUUCUACAGGGGCAGGUGUAGCUUUCUCAAUAAUUUGGGCAUCAUUACCUGCCGGCCAACCUUGUUUUCUUUGGUCCAUGAGCAGUAAGGGAUUAAUAACUGCAAGUGGUUAUACAUCGACAGAUGCAUGCAUGAAUCUAGUCAAAAAUAUCCAUGCAUACCGCCCAACUACUCCAUUCCUAAUUAAACAAUUGCUAUUAGUUUUUGAAUCACACUACUACUGCUUAGCUAGCAGCAUCACCUGUAGGACUAGCUGCUGGCUUGCAAAGACCGGACUAAGUGAGUUCGUCAUAGUUUAAAAUUUCAAGAAGGGGUUCUUUAAACAACUUCCAAUGUAUUCAUAUUUCAUCUAUAUAAACGAAGCUCCGUCCCUGGCACUUCCACAAGCUGCACUACUGGCUAGAGCAAGACUUACGGGAACAAAAUGCACACUAUCCAUCCGUCUUGUUGAAGAUAAUUUUGUGCUCCCUGCCUGUUAUACUUAUCUGGUUCAUCUCCACUCUGUGCUUCACUUUAGUAGUUGUUCCAUAUGGCACAUGGAGUAUGUGAGCUCUAGCUCACAUGAUCUCGGAUGAACAGUAAAUUCUGAAAAAUAGUAAAAAGUAGAUUUGUUUUGGCAAGAAACGUGAUGUUUUCUCUACAUGCGUGCAAAUUUUUGAUCGAAUCACAUUUGUGGAGGUGUGAAAAAAAACAAAAUCGAUGCUCCAAAACAAGUGUUUUUGGAAGCAUUUUGGAGCAUCAAUUUUUUUUUGUCUACACCUCCACAAAUGUGAUCCCAUUGCGAAAAUUUGCAUGCGUGUAAAAAAACAUCAAUGUUCCUUACCAAACAAUUUUAGAAUUGUUUGUUUCUUUUUACUAUUUUAUCAGAAUUUACUGUUCACUUGAGAUCAUGUGAGCUUUCUAUUUGUUCCAUAUGGGCUUUCUAUUUAUACUUUUCAGUGCCGCGCAUCAUUUCUUCAGCAAUUUUGUGAGAAUUAAGCCACUCCAUAAAAAAAAUCACAAACUGAACCCGGCUGCAACCACCACUCUUGGUGGCUGAUUGAUUGAUGAAAAGGUAAUCAUUCCACGUCAGGGUUCACAUCAAAGCUGCCUGUAAUUAAUAAGGAACUUGAUUAAUUAGGCACGGGAAUUAGCGCGUCUUGUCGCAUCCUUUGGGUCUCUUCUUUUGUUGCCAAGAGUUGUUAGCACCUCAGAGCUCAUACAUUUGUAUAUAUUUCAAGUUGGCUAUCCAUUUGCAACGUUAUGCGGAAAGUAACAUAGUUUGCCUGUAAUUAAUAAGGAACUUAAUUAAUUAUGCUCAGGAAUUAGUGCAUCUUCUCGCAUCCUUUGGGUCUCUUCUCUUUUGUUGCCAAGAGUUGUUAGCACCUCAGAGAUUAUACAUUUGUAUAUAUUUCCACUUGCAACUUGUUGGGGAAAGUAUAUAUUUUGCUGGUACAUGGUUGCAUGCAUUCUACAUGGGCAGCUGUACCUUUCACAAUAAUUUGGGCAUGAUUAAUUAGGCUCAUGACGUUACAGGAAUUAGUAACGUCAAGUGGUUAUAUACAUCCGCAGAUGCAUGCAUGAAUCAGAUCAACAAUAUCGAUGCAUACCUGCCCAACUAAUCAAUUUCUAAUUAAACAGUUGCUAUAAAUUUUUGAAUCGUACUACUAAUACUACUACUGGUUAGCAGCAUCACCUGCAUGACUAGCUGGCUUGCAAAGACAGGACUAAGUAAUUCGUCAUAGUUUAAAAUUUUAAGAAGGGUCUCUUCAAACAACUUCCGAUGUGUGCCCAUUUCAUCUAUAUAUAAACGAAGCUCUGUUCCUGGCGCUUCCACAAGCUGCAUUACUAGCUAGAGCAAGACCUACUGGAGCAAAAUGCACGCGAUUCAUCUGUCAGGUUGAAGAUUAGCGGAUUGCCUGCUGCCUCCUACCCACACUACACAAGAAGGAAACAAACUCUAGAGAUCUUCAGAGAGCAAACAAUGGCGGACUUCGCGCUUGGGUUGACCAAGACGGCGGUGGAGGGGACACUGAGCAGGGUCCAGUUGGCGAUCGAUGAAGAGAACAAGCUGAGGGUGACGGCGAAGCAAGAUCUGCGAUACAUCACAGCCGAAUUCCAAAUGAUGCAGUCCUUCCUUAAGGUCGUCAACAAAGAGCGCGCUAAUAAUGAAGUGGUGAAGACCUGGGUGAAGCAGCUCCGAGACCUUGCCUUCGAUGUCGAAGACUGCGUUGAGUUUGUUGUCCACCUGGACAACAACAACACGACCUUGAUCUGGUUGUGGCGCCUGGUGCCAUCCUGCAUGGCACCACCUCGGACUCGGGAGCUGGACAGGGCAGUCGCUGAGUUAAAGCAGCUGAAGGCGAGGGUCGAGGAGGUAAGCCAGAGAAACACACGCUACAACCUCAUCAGUGACUCCGGCUCCCAAGCCAAGACCACCACGCCAACCGAGCAGGCCGCCCUGGUCACCACCAACCCAUCAGCAUUCCACAUGCUAACUGAGGUCUGGGAGGCUGCUGGGAAGCGACGCGGCAUGAGUGACCUACAGGAGUUGAUCAUGGGUGAAGGCAGUGACCUUCAAACAAUCUCCGUAUGGGGAAGUUCAGCAGCUGAUCUUGGGACAACGUCCAUUUUUAGCAUGCUGUAUGGUGACCCAGGAAUCUGCCGAGCAUUCAAAAGACGAGCAUGGGUAAAGUUGACGCAUCCUUUUAAACCUGAUGAGUUCAUCAAGAGCUUGCUGACUCAGUUCUAUGUGAGCUCUCACCAAAAAAACAUUGCCGUGGACCGUCUCACGGAGGCUGAGCUCAUGCAGCAAGUGAAUGCACACAAGUAUCUCAUCAUUCUAGAAGAAGUAUUCAGUGUGGUGGACUGGGAUGCCAUCCGAGUGUGCCUGCCGGACAAUGAGAAUGGCAGCCGAAUCAUUGUGUCGACAAAGCAAUUAAGGACUGCACUUUUGUGCACAGGGGGGCCAUACAAAGUUUCAGAGCUCAGGAGAUUCUCCGAUGAUCAAUCUCUUUGUGCCUUUUCCAAGAAGGUAGGGCGUCAGAGUGGUAUGCGAGAUCUUAUUUGGCAAAUAAGGUGUCGUAGUGUGAUUUCGGUAUGGGGGCUUAGCAAUGACAAAUCAACACUCAUCAAUAAAGUGUACACUAGCAUAGUGUAUAAGUGUAGACAAUUCGAGGGGGUUGAAUUUCAACGACACAGCUGGGUCAAUGUACCCGCUCCUUUCAAUUUGGAGGUUUUCUCUCGGCGCUUACUUGUAAGUUUUCGUUCAGAAGAUCUCCAAGCUGAAGAAAUUGCGGUGGUUAGUAUGAUGGGAGAGUGUGUCUUAACUCAAGAGUGUUGCAAGUUUCUGCGUGAAGACGAUUGCCUCGUCGUUAUUAAUGGUUUGCAGUCCACACAUGACUGGGACUUGAUAAAAGCUGCCUUCUUGUCUGAGCCUAUUAAAGGAUGUAUUCUUAUCAUUACAAAUGAAUCAAGUGUUGCCACACAUUGUGUAGAGGAGGAAGAUGGAGUUCUCAACAUCAAAGAUUUGGAAGCUGACAUUAUGCUUCGCCCCUUGAUAAAGGGUUGGAGAACUGGAGGGAAGGAAGCUACUCACAGGGAUUUCCUUUUCUCCAUCAGAUUGGGAGAGACACGUGAAUGGUUCACAAAAUUUGGAAACAUGCAUGGGGAACAAAGGAAGGACCUUUGGUUCCAAUUAGACAAUCCUGGUGUGAUCUCGUUGUGGGGACCUGCUGGUGCUGGGAAAUCAACUCUCAUAAGAAUCGUGUACUAUUAUCUAAUGUUUAGAACUGAUGCUUAUCGGCAGUUGGAAUAUCAAGAGAGAAUGGUUCACCUGGAAGGGAAAAUUGCAAAGUUUAGUUGGGUUGAUGUGCCGCAUCCUUUCAAUUUGAAAGACUUCUCUUGGCGCUUGUUAUUGAAUUUUCAUUCAGGUGAUCUUCAGGCCCAAAAAAAUGCAGCAGUUGGUAUGAUGGAAGGCCAAGACCCAAUUAAGGAGUGCUCUAAGUUUUUGCAUGAAGACAAAUGUGUCAUCGUUAUUGAUGGUCUACGGUCCACUGAUGAUUGGGAUUUGAUAAAAGCUGCCUUAUUAUCUGAUCCAGUUACCAGCCAUAUUAUUGUCAUUACAAAUGUUGCAAGUGUCGCCAUGCAUUGUGUAGACGAGGGAGAUCGAGUGAUCAAGAUCAAUUGUCCAGAAGCUGACAUGGCCCUUGAUCCCCCAAUAAAGGGUUGUGCUUCCCGCGUAUUCUCCAACAGGAGUGCAGAGGCACUUAACUUUAUCAACACAUUUAGACUUCUUGGGUGUCAGGAUCGAUCAGCUGAUGAGCUUCUCCGCCGUUUAGAUUCCCCAGGCCCUAGUGUGACCUCAUUGUGGGGAAUUGCUGGUGUUGGGAAAUCAGCUGUGGCAAGAAGUCUGUACUGCCACGUGAUGCUUGGACUGGAGCAAAAUUUCAAGUGUAACCUCGCUGGUCCCAUAACGGAAUUUACAAUGUGCAGCUGGGUAGACGUGCGUCAUCCAUUUAAUUUGACAGACUUGUCUUGGCAUUUGCUCCUGGAUUUUCAUUCAGAUGAUCUUCAAGCUAAGGAAAAGGCAGCAAUUGGUAUCUUGGAAGGGCAAGAUCCUGUUCAAGAGUGUCGCAGAAUUAUGUGUGAGUACAGAAGUCUUGUUGUUCUCGAUGGAUUACGUUCCAGAGAGGAUUGGGACUUGAUAAAAGCCACCUUCUUACCCGAUUCUACUAAUGCAUGUAUCAUCGUAAUUACAAAUGAAGCAAGUGUGGCUACACAUUGUGUAGAUAAUAAGGAAGAUCGAGCGGUCAAUGUCAAAGGUCUUGAAGCUGACAUGACGCUCGUUCUCUUCAAACAGAUAAUAAAGGAUGGGAUGGAAUUUACUCCUGACGAGAUGGAGCUCUCCAAAGUUACCUUAGGCAGAUGUGGUGGGAUUCCUAAAGUUAUUGCUACUAUAGGCCAACUCUUCACCAAAGAGAAUGCCAGGUACUGGUCUAUGUCAGCCACAGAUUUGUUGGAGUUUAUAAACGAUGACUUUAUGAGCAAGUUGGAGACCCAUGAUUGGUUUCACAGUUUAAGGGGUCUAUUUUCUUGGAUGCAGUCCUACUUUGACGGUUGCUCAGAUUCCCUCAAGCCAUGCAUUUUCUAUCUGUCAAUCUUCCCUCCAGACCACAAGAUAAGGCAGCGGCAUUUGUUGAGACGGUGGAUUGCAGAGGGUUAUUGCAGGGACACAUAUAGUGGUACUGCAGAGGAGAAUGGGAAGAUAUUGUUCUUGGAACUCAUCAGCUUGAGCAUAAUCCAACAAUGUCAGAAGGAACAGAAGUACCUAUACCAAGUCAAUGGUUUCUUUCAUGAAUACAUCAUUUCACGGCCAAUGGAGGACAAUCUUGUCUUCGCACUGGAAGGGAAUUGCAGCCCGAACUCGCAACAUGCAGGUCAACAUCUCACCAUAAGGGAGGACUGGGACAGGGACGAGGCAGUAUUUAGGAGCAUGGACUUCUCACAUCUGCGGUCCUUGACUGUGUUUGGGGAGUGGAUGCCAUUCUUCCUCUCUUCCAACAUGAGUCUACUUCGGGUGUUAGAUUUGGCAGACACAUCAGGUAUACUAGAUGCUGACCUUGAGCAGAUCGUGAAGGUGCUACCUCGUCUUAAGUUUCUCUCUCUGCGAGGAUGCAAAGAGAUAAGCCAUCUACCAGAAUCAUUCGGUGGCCUGAGGCAGCUGCAAACUUUGGAUGUCAGAGACACCUCAAUAGUCAAGCUACCAUUGUGUGUCAUCAAGCUACAGAAGUUGCAAUACAUUCGUGCUGGCACCAUCAUAUCAUCAGAUGAAGGUGAUGAAUCUGUUGCAAGUGUACCAACAACAAACGUAGAACAAACAUCAUUGCCACCGGAGGGCAGUGAUGACAUGGUCACAACACUACCGAAAACAACAGAGGAGGUUCAGAUAUCAACACCACCUGAAGGUAGUGAUGGCGUGGUCACAACUCUACCGGAAACUACAGAGGAGAUUCAGACAUCAACACUACCAGAAACGAGAAGAGAGGUUCAGACAUCAGCAUCACCUGAGGGCAGUGAUGACAUGGUCACAGCACUAACGGAAACACGGUUGUUAUGGAGCUGCCGGCCAUGUAGUUUGGUGUCUAGCUGGUUAUCCAAGUUGCGCAGACGCCGACUUGAUAAUGAUGGUGUUGAGGUUCCUGAAGGGAUUGGGAGCAUGACGGCCUUGCAUACUAUUGGUGUUGUCAAUGUCAAUAUUCCUAAUGGAAAGGCAAUCCUAAAGGAGCUUAAGAAGGUUACACAACUACGCAAGCUCAGUGUGUCUGGCAUAAACGGGCAAAACAUACAAGAAUUGUGUAAUUUCAUAUCCGGUCACAAGCAUCUGGAGUCCUUGUCAGUGCGACUCGAUAAGCAUAAGGAUAAGGAUAAGGAGGGGUUAUUUGCUUGUUUCAGUGACAUGAUUUCCCAGCCACCCAAGACCCUAAAGAGCCUUAAGCUGUACGGGCAUGUAAACAAACUGCCAAUUUGGAUCAAACAGCUUGAUAAUCUCACGAAGUUCGAUCUUGAGUUGACUAUACUAUUGCCAGAGGACAUGCACUUCCUUGGUGAAUUGUCAGAUGCAUAUUUCAUACGCCGCCUUUGUGUCAAGCCAAUUCAAGACGGUGAACUCCAUUUUAGCACCCUGGGACAUGUUCUCUUUUGGACAUUACAGGUCCUAGAGAUCGAUUGCACCUCCAAGUUACUGGUAACUUUUGUAGAUCAUGUGAUUCGGACAACUGAGGUGCUGAAGAUUCACUGCUCUGGUGGGGCGUCCUUGCAGAUUUCUGGACUAGAGCAUCUAGCUAGUCUCAAAGAAGUGUGGCUGAAGGGUUCCUACAGCGACGAACUCGCGCAAGAGUUGCAACAGCAACUUUCCGAGCAUGCAAAAAAACCUGUCUGGAAGCUAGUGCAGCGACGCUCGUCUUGAUAGGCUCUCUUUCUAUUCAUGUGUUAUUUCUGUACUUAUAAGUUGUAACAAGUCCUGCAGGAAGGAAUACAGUUCUGCAUUGCGCAUCGUCGUUGCACUCUGUAUACGAACUUCUGACAAAGAAACCGCCCUUGUGGUGCAUUUAUUUCAUUGUCGUUCUGUAACAUAUAUAGUGGAGUAUUAUUAGUAUCUACUAUUUUUGUGGUUGGAUAAA